CUUUGCUCUCGGGCGGCUGCAGCAGGGCAUUUGGAGGGCCAAUGACCAAGCUGCGAUGGCCCCGGCAGGGGGGCAGCGACGUGAGUGGGUUUACACAGAGUCCGAGCAGCGAUUUCCACGCUAAGGAAAGAGCGGUGUUAUGGACGCCGACGAGAGCUCGUUGCCCGGGCAGAGGAGUUUUAAAAGUUUCCCCGGGACUGGCUGGGGGUGGGAGAGUUCCUCCGAUCCGGACCCGGUUGGUGGUUUGGGGGGUCGGGAACUCGAACCUGAGUGGGGAUGUUGGGCGGGGGCUGUGUGCGAGGGUGGUGAGGCUCCCACCACAGGAAGGAAGAAGCCUCCUCGUGGGGUGGCUCCGCGAGUGGGACACGGGACUCGUCGGCUGCCUGCUCCCCACCUGGGAGACGCGAAGCCUGCACCACUGGAGUCAAAGGGGGAAAAGUCUCGACCCUCCCCAGAAGCCCCACGCGAGCCCAACACUUUGAGGUGGGGGGAGGGGAGCCCCCUCCUCCUCCCCCUCCCCCGGUCCUGGAGCUGGUCGUCGGCUGGGGGAGGGGAGGCUGUUUACCUGAGGUGGCGGCGCCGGCGGCAGGAGGUAGGAUCUGAAGGUUGCCCCAGAAAUAGCUUUGGAUUAUAUUCAGUGACUGAUUUUACCUCUACUAACAUCCUACUCCAAUACUAUUCCAUGGAGGUUCUUAUGCUUGAGGGGCAUCACUUCUGGUAUGAUUCACAAACUGGGAUAAUAGGGAGCAUAGGACCUGAGAUGGACUGGUCCAAGACAUACUUCAGUUAAGAGAGAUCUAUCACCAGAACGAUAACAACCAGGGGUUAAAGUUUUUGGUCACAGCCACUCAAGACACAACAUCUACCAAGGUGAAAUGAGCCUUUAUCAGAGCCACAUCUAUCCAAUUCCUAAAAAUUUGAAGGGAUAUCAACCAAGUGGCCUUUCCUCUGAAUCACAAGAGUGGUUUGAAGAGGAUUUUCUUUCUUUCCCUCCCUUAUAGUUGCAUUGACUUCAUAGCCUAAACUUCCCUCAUCUAACCUAAGAGUUUUGAGAAAAGCAUUAGGGAAAUUUUUUUCUAACCACAAAACACAUGAUUUCCCAUGUGGCAGUCCUUUAGAAUAAUUCCUGAGGUCUAGUCUUCCCCAUUCUUUUAGAUCAAAGGAAACCAGAAACAAAUGAAAACUAUGCACUUAACAAUGAAUUUAACUUUAAACUUCACUUAAUUUAUAAGUCGAUUUCCACCCUCAGUUCCUUGUGUAGAUCUUCUACUGAAAUCCUUGGACAGAAUGCCCCAUAGUUGAAUCUUGCAGAAGAUGUUAAAGUAUUAUUUACACAAUCCACUUCAAAGUAAUAACCAUUGCUUUUACUUUCUGACUUCCUAAAGUGAUUCAAUGAUUAACAGGUUGAGCUCUGGAUUUUUUCAAUUUAAAAAAGGAUAUACCAACCAUUCUGGAGAGCAGUUUGGAACUAUGCCCAACGAACUAUAAA